UCCGAAUGUUGCUGUAUACGAAAGAGCUUGUGGCACCGCGUCCAAGGCCAGGACAUGGUCUUUUAAAGUUUAAGAAGCAAAAGUACAAGAAUUUUGUACGACACUCUCUAGCCCAUUCCACGGUACACGGGCUACAGCAUGUCUUUGAGGAGGAGGAGGAAAGACAUGUUUGGUUGCGCUACUUUUGGUUGUUCAUUGUGGCUUCUUCUUCGAUUGGCUGUUUUGCCAUAUACUCCCUGUUGGAACAUCGGCACGAUGAGCAGCAGUUGGUCAGUAUCAUUGAGACUACGCAGUUACCUGUCUAUAGCAUUGAAUUCCCUGCGGUUGCCAUUUGUCCGUGGAGUCAUGUCAAUUGGGCACGGGCCAAAGCAGCUGCUCAUCGAUUCUUGCCAGCAAAUCCCAAUAACGAAAUUCUGGAAGGUUUCCAUCAAUUGCUCAGUCUCUUGGAUAAGGCAAACUUUGGUAAUUUCGAGAAACUAGAUAGGUUAUCUACACGCAACUUAACGGACUUAAUGAAUCUAAGUGUCACAAAACUUUCCUCGUACUUGGCUUACCGCUGCGACGAGCUGUUUGUACCCGAUUCUUGUAUUUUCGAUGAGACUCCGUUCGAUUGUUGUAAACUCUUCGUUCAGGAGCAUACGGAAAAGGGACUAUGUUUGGUUUUCAACUCAAUGAUAUCGGAAAAUUCACGACAGAAACAGCUCACCAAUGAGUUUUAUCCUUACAAACUGAGCACAGCAGGAGAGGGAACGGGAUUGCAGUUUACUUUGCAAUUGAAUGAAUCUUUUCUGCGGCCAGGCACCAUCAUAUACGAAAUACCAUUUGCAAUGAAUCUGAUGAUAAAGGAGCCGCGACAGUGGACACAACAAAUGGCCAACGUUUUUCACCUUUAUGCACACACCGAGAACUUUGUGGCAGUUCAUCCAACAGUUUUUGAGACAACUCCAAGCACAAAUCAAAUGAAAUUACGACAAAGGCGCUGUUAUUUUGAUUAUGAACGGAAGCCCUACUAUCCGGAAACAGAUCUGGCCUAUAGUCGAGAAAACUGCAUUGCUGUUUGCUUGCAUCAUGCCGUCCUACGAGUUUGCAACUGCUCCACACCUGGAUACUAUCCACCCAUAGAGGGCACUCGGGAAUGCAGCGUUCUUGAUGCCAAAUGCCUAGCCCAGAAUGCAGACAUUUUUAGCUAUGUUAAGAUGAGGGAUCAAGACAAGUACAUCAAUGACUCGCGACGAGGACAACUCUGCCAUUGUCCAGAGAACUGCAAUUCACGACAAUACAAACUCACAUUAAAUGUGCGCAACAUAAACUACGACGCAAAUGAGACUAGAAAGUUGAUCAAAACGCAAGUUUUUUACGGCCAGCGGGUGAUGACCAAAAUUGUAACGAAGCUUAGGUACACGACAUUGGAUUUGCUAGCCAACUUCGGAGGAAUUUUGGGCCUUUAUAUGGGUGCAUCGGCGCUGAGUUUCAUUGAAGUCGGAUACUUGUUGGUAAAACUGCUGUGGAUGCUGCUCAAAGAUGGUUACCUUAAAAUAAAAACAAUGUUCGUUAACUGAUUUCGU